AUGGACCAGUUUUUGCUCAACUCCGAUUGCGUCAUGAUAAAAAAAAAAAUGUUCCUGUUUUUAGACUUGAAAGCGUCGCUCACCUCUGCAUCCAGUGGGGGCCGCCGCGUCGCUGCUUCCAUCAGGCCUAGACAGCUCUGGACCCGGGGGGAGCGCAGACCAUUGCCCGCCUCCGAGUCCGUGUUCCCCUCGAGAGUAAUCACCGGGAGCAACGUCCGCGUCAGCCCGUGGUUUGGAGCCGGAGCAGAGGGGAAACUGGAGCCCGUGACGAGACGCGCUCUCCCGGGUGAAGCUCUGCCAGAUGUCCGCUGUUCUGGGAUGGAUGAGAGCGGAGGAGAGAGGUCCCGCCCCCUGUCAGUGCCUCGGCCAAUCACAGAGAGCGGAGGAGAAAGGAGAGCGGUAACCGUGGCAACGCUUCAGGGACAACAACAUAGCAACCGCCUCCGCCUCCAGGUAAACGAGUUCAUCCGACUUCAGACUCAGGUGAUGAGCUGCUGUGGGAUUCCUCUGCAGAAUCGGACGUGUUUCCCUGUCACACUCUUCCGGGUACAGCUGGUCACGUUCCCGUCUCCGUUUGCAGCGCGUCAUCCUCACUCCAGACCUCCACAAGCCGCGGCUCUGCUUCUCCCCUGGUCCCCUGGUCCCCUGCGCCUCCGUCCGGACCGUGUGCCCCCGACCAUGCGUUUGCCGGUCCUGCUGGUGGCCGCCGUGGCUGCCUUCGUGAGCGUGGCGGCGGCAGAGAAGAAGAAGCUGCAGAUCGGGAUAAAGAAGCGCGUGGACGACUGCCCCGUGAAGAGCCGCAAAGGAGACGUGCUAAACAUGCACUACACGGGACGCCUGGAGGACGGCACCGAGUUCGACAGCAGCAUCCCCCGCAACCGGCCCUUCACCUUCACCCUGGGCACGGGACAGGUGAUCAAAGGCUGGGACCAGGGUCUGCUGGGGAUGUGCGAGGGCGAGAAGAGGAAGCUGGUGAUCCCCUCUGAGCUGGGCUACGGCGACCGAGGAGCCCCCCCCAAGAUCCCCGGGGGGGCCACUCUGAUCUUUGAAGUGGAGCUGCUGAGUAUCGAGCACCGGAACGAGCUGUGA